CGCCCCCUGCCCUGAUGUCUGCCAACUCCAAAUGGCCCGAUUUCCAGCUCGCCUCGAAAUUGCGAAAGUUCAUUGGCUCUAGCGCUCCUGAUUCGACAGCCUCAGAACCGACAAGCUCCCAAGCCAAACGCGAGGAGCCGCAAUCUUCACAGGCUAACGACGAAGACAACGACGAGCGGCAGGGCGAGGCACACACUGCAACAAUGGCCGAGCUCGACAACGAUCCGAUCGAGGAGAUGGAAGACGUGGACGAUUACGCGGACGAGGGCGAUGCUUCUGCCGUGGAUGUCGACUUUGGCGAUCUCGAAAUGUUUGACAGCGCGUCACAGCUCCCGUUUUCGUCACAGCCGCCUCAGUCCUUGAAGUAUGAUGAGCCAGAGUUGCCGGCAUUUACCGAGAGCUCGCCACGCGACAAGAGCACCAAGAAGAAGGGCAAGGAUGGCCGCCGCGCGUCGGAUUUCGUUGUCGACGACGAGGCCGCCGGCGCGCCCAGCGCAAAGCGCAAGAAGUCGAAGAAGAAGGCUCUCCAGCCAUCCGAAGCCGACGAUGAUCAGUCUGUCGAGGCCCAUCCCGACGAAACGACUACUGCUGCAGCCGCUGAAGACGACAGACGAGGAUACAAUGCGGUCGAGCAUGCCACCACAGAUAUGGAUGCACUAGACCUGACGCCCGCUUUGGCCGCCCAGCAGAAGAAGAAGAAACGCAAGCAGCCCGAUUCUGUGGAUGGCAAGCGACACAAGAAGAGAAAGGGGAUCGAAGAUGGCGACCCAACUGUCGUACAGCAGACGCAAGACGAAGCCGCCGAAGGCGCUGAUGCCGGAGACGCCGAGACUGUCACCGCCACCAGUUUCCUGCAUACGAACAAGCACGCCACCAGCCAGCAUGUUGAUAAUGCGAUUGAGGAUGAUGUCGCAAAUGGUGAGGGCCAGAUCUCGCCUAGCGUUGCUCGUGCUCGCCGUCGCAGCCAGACGGGAGAAGAAACGCGCUCGAGGGAGAAUAGUGUAUCUUCCCGAGCUCAGGUUGCCCCCAUGGCCCCCAUGGCAAUUGACACGCCGCCGCAAGAAGAGGCCACCCCAGUUGAUCGCGACGUUGAGGACCUCGCACGCGAGGCAUGGAGAGAACACAUCAGUAGCCAAGCCGGAAGCCAUGUGAAUGCACCUGGAGACUCUGCUCAGGCGGAGGGGCAGCCACCAGCCAGCCCAGCUCCACGGCGAUCUACGAGAGCAAAGAAGGCGCCCGUGAUGCUUGCACAAGCCGCGGACGCAAAAGUAGAAACCCCUGCCAAGAAGAAUCGCCGCGCACUCGAGGAGUUGCCGUCACCCUCUGCCAACUCACCGAAGCCAAGAACAAGAACUAAGCGUGCUACUAAGAGACAGCCGCGGACAUUGCAGUCAUUGGAGGAGGAUGGCGAGAAUGGGGAAGAUGAUGAACCGCCAACCAGGAGAAGUCAGGGCGGAAACUACACGCAAGGAAGGUUUACAGACGCUGAGCUGGAGGGCAUCAGCCGGGCUGUCGAGGCUUUCCGUAACGAGUAUGGAAUGACACAAGUUGAAGUCAAUGAGAUUAUCCAGGCUCCUGGAGGCACGACCGCUGGUGAUGCCCAUGCGCGUCUCUGGUAUCGUCUCUUCGAGGUGUGUCCUGACCGUAAGAGGCAGAAGGUCAUCAACGUUGCUCGCAAGAAGUUCCACAACUUUGUCGCGCGAGGAACGUGGACGCCGGAACAGGACGCAGAGCUGGCUUCUCUCAUUGAGGUGCACAAGACCGCCUGGUCCAAGAUUGCCGGCAUCAUUAACCGCCAUCCCGAGGAUGUGCGGGAUCGGUAUCGCAAUUACAUUGUGUGUGGAGCGAACCAGCGCAAGGACGUAUGGAGCGAAGAGGAGGAAGCCCACCUAUCUGAGAUUGUCAGGGACGCCAUGGCCGCUAUUGACGAGCUGCGGGCUGCUGAGCCUGACAAGCCUCUGUUGAAGAAAGCCUAUGAAGAGCUCAUCGACUGGCAAGACAUCAGCGAGCAGAUGGGAAGAACGCGGAGUCGACUGCAGUGCAUCACGAAGUGGAAAGCCAUGCAGAUGCGCCUUCAGGGAAAGAAAAAGGAGAAGAAGUCCGGCCCUUCCCAGGGCUCGGAGAAGAAGAAACAACAGCCGUCGCAAGGUGAGCCGUCUGUUUCGGACGAGGACCUCGCUUUCCAGCUGGAUGUGGCGCGCCAGCAGCUAGCAAGUAUGCGCGAGGAGGAGCAAUAUCGCUUGGUCUUGGCUAUUCAAGGAGCCUCGGCCUUGUCAGAGGACCAGAUUCCUUGGACAAAACUGCUCGAUAAGAAGUUUCGCCGCCAAUGGACUCGGGGCACCCAGGCCUUGCUCUGGGAUCGUUUGAAGCAGACGGUCACCGACUGGGAAUCAAUGACCGUUUUGGACAUUGCCCAGCAGCUCAUCAACGAGUACAACAGGACAGGAGGCCUCCCCGAGGUCACUGGCAGUGGCUACGACGACGAUGACCGGGAGAGGGAAAUUCUUCGCCAACUCAAUGCUCGCAACAAGCCGGCACCAGCACCGAAAAGCGAGGAGUUUGUCCAUGACUCUGGUGCAGAGGACGCCCAGGAAGACGCGCAACCGGCCGAGAGCGACAAGCUUGAUAUCACCAUUGAUCCGGCACUCAUGGAAGCAGCACCGCCUUCACCACCCAAGGCAACUCCCAAACCGAAGAAGGCCGCGCCAAAGAAGACGCAAGCGAAGAAGAAGUCAAAGAAGCAGGAUCUUAGCCAGGAUCCUAUCGAGGACAGCGAGCCGACUCUGCCAGCCGCCCCUGUCGAUCAAGGCGAGGAGUCCAAUCUCGAAGAAGCGCAGGUUCGCAAAGUCAAGACGCCCAGCAAAUUCAAGUCGGUUAACAACGGAAACGAUGAAAACGGCGUGGAUGCUCCGCAGACGGAGCCUUACUCGGACAGCGUCAUGGACGACAUGGAGGAUCUGCCGGCACGCAUCUCGACUUGA